CUCACCCUUAAUCACCCGCCUAUUUAAUCCCAUCUUACGUCUACAAUCGCGAGCGCACAAUCAUCACAAAGAUCGCAACGACUCCGACGAACCAUCACCCCACCUGCUCCGGCGACUUCGCUCCUCAACCGCGAGGUCAACGGAGGGGCAGCCAAUCGCGCGAUGGGUCUGGGACCGAGAGUGCCGUUCUGCCUCAUCCUCUUGCUGCUCGUCAGCCUCGGAGCUGCACAAGCACGGAGCACAGUUCUUCUUGAUAUCGAGAAGGAGGCCAGGAACUAUGGUCAAAUUUCCAAGGAGGAAUUAGCUUCGAGCAAAAUUCCUGUGCAUGUUGAGAGGGGCAGCCCACUAUGCACCGCGUGUCAAAACUUUACAACUGAUGCUCUGAACUACCUUAGUCAGAAAGAAUCACAAGAUAAGAUGAUGGAGGUCCUUCAUGAUGCUUGUGCUCAGACAUUUACACUGGAGAAGAAGUGUGCUGAGCUGGUGGACUACUAUGCAUCUCUUCUGUUUGCCAAGAUCGCUGAGAUCAAGCCAGAUGAGUUCUGCCAACAAUAUGGCCUCUGCAACUCUCUUCUCUCUGGUGUGAGAGGUGAGAGCACAUGCGCGUUUUGCCACCGCUUCGUGGAUGAAAUCGAGGAGAAACUGAAAGAUCCUGAUGCCGAGUUUGAGAUUCUUCAGCUUCUCCUCAAGGAAUGCAACAAGCUUCAAGGUCAUGAGCAGCAGUGCAAAAGAUUGGUCCUGCAAUACCUCCCUCUCAUUCUGGUCAAUGGAGAGAAGUUCCUUGAGAAGAAUGAUAUAUGCACGAUCGUUCAAGCCUGCGAUGCCAGCAAAAAUACGAUGGUCGGGUCAUUCUCCGAGGGGGCAUUGCUGAGCGACGCAUGAUGGUAGGAAGGCUACACCAAGCCGUGUGAACGGGCCGAUCAGAAUGCAGAAGUUCUUGCUGUACAUAAGGGUUUUAAGUUAAUUGGCCUUUUGUCUUUAGUUCCCCUGCAUUCUUUUGGAUGCCUUUGUAUUAUGAAGAAGCGACAUGAAUAGGAAAUAUUCUGUCAAGUCAACUUGGUGUUCAUACAUAGAUUUGUAUUAGUACCAUCUCAAUUCAGCCUACUCCCUCCGAUCCAUAUUACUUUGUGCAUGUCGGAGGGAAUAGUAAAAGUAUGAAGCUACGGGUUGUAAUUGUUACUUUGCCAUUGGUUAAUUUGUACUUUCAUCUGUCUGCUUUAA